UUGAAUUUUCCUCCUUUUCAUCACAACAGUAAAACGCUGUUACGCGUUUAACCAAAUCCUCUAUAAGAAACCCCAAACUUCCUCUUCAUCUUCAACCACACCUCUUCUUCUUCUUCUUCUUCUUCUUCUUCUUCAGCUCAAAUACUCUUUAAUUACCCAUUUCUUCAAAACUGCAACCUUCACAAGGCUUCGAAUAUGGCAUCAGGUCCAUUUCUGCCCAAAUUUGGUGAGUGGGAUGAAAAAAAUCCUGCUGCUGCUGAAGGGUUUACAGUGAUUUUCGACAGGGCUCGAGAUAAUAAGAAGAAUGGUGGGGGAACUGGAACUCCUAAUAAUGUGAUACCACAGCAAAACCAAAACCAAUACCAAAAUAAAAAACAUGAAGCUGCUAAGAAGAAUCACGAGCACGAGUAUCCAAGAAAGCAGAAAGGAUGGCAUUGCUGCUUUUGGUAGACUUUAUGUGACACUGAAAGAACAAAAUUCUUCUGUUUGUGAUGGAUUUUUUAGUACAAAGAUUGAUGGAUGCUGUGGAUUCAAUUUAUUGUGUGUAUAAAGUUUUGGGAAACUUUUAAGA